GCUUCAUCUGUAAAGUUUUUUAAUAUUGCUGGACAAACAAUGGAAAGUUUUGUCCACUCUUUAAAUGAAGAUAGCAAACAACAGGAUAUGGAUUCUGAUGAAAGUCAGUUUGUCUUAGGUUUGGCUGGAAUUGUUACAAAUGUUGCUGCUUUAGCAAUUGGUCGUGAAUUCCUUGUUGGUUCAAAUCAGGUACUGCUGGACACAAUGAUUCAGCUGCUGAGAGAUAUGAAGCCAGGAUGUUGCACCAAACUGAAAGUGCUGAUGCUGAUGUCCUUAUAUAAUAUUAGUAUCAACAUGAAAGGUGUGAAGUACAUCAGUGAAAAUACAGGAUUCUUCCCAUUAAUCUGGUGGCUCCUGAAUGGAUCAGUGUAA